AUGGGGGAAAAGGCAUAUUCUCUAGAAGAUCAUAUUUCUGUUCAGCAACUGCCUCGCUCUGACCAAAACAUAUUUCUUAUUUUGGAAGUGGACGAGGGAGGUUUGGUAAUUCCCACUGGCAUAUCUUUGGUAGGAGUAGUUGACUCGUAUUUUGAAAAUAUCAAAUCUCAACAUUUUGAUGAGCAAUGUCAAUCCAUAGCAGAGGGCAAGGAACUUCUGGGUUCUAUAAAGCAUAGCAUGAUGGAAUUUUUCUCAGAUGAAUGUGAAUCAAGGAAGAGCCUUGAGUUAUCAGAUAUGUUUCCCGAAAGCGAUUUUAUGAAUAUACUGGAAACUGAACAUGUUAAUGGGAGUACUGGCCUGCAGAGGACAUCACAUACUAAUAGUGACUUGUUAGAUAAUCUUGUUACCUUCCAGGAGUUUGAGUUCCUUGAUGAAGACCUAAUGCAGGCCUUUGAAGCUUUCUACAAAACAAAAACUCCGGAUGAUCUAAUAACAAAGGACUGUAUGUUUAAGAAAGAGUUUAAUUUCAAGAGUUUUGAUGAAUUGAUUGUUAGCAAUGAGAUAGCGCUAACAGAUAACACAUUUAAAUCACUGCCUGUACCUGUUAUCUCUGAUCAACAAAGGAUGAUAAAUCUACAUGACAUUAUUGGAGAACAAAUUUCCAGCUUGAAGACCCGACCCCUCUCUGCAUCUGAUGGAAUUUACCUAAACUGGGAUCUACUUGAAGAAGAUAGGUGCAAUCGCAAGAUUUCAAACUGGUAUCAGGACAUAUUGGCCAAGAUUGAUCUGAACUACGAAGAUUUUGUAGGUAAACCUUUUGAUUAUGGAAAAUUGGUAUUCGGUCUACUUUUCUGUGAUGAUACCAAAAGUGAAUGUGAAACUAAACAAGAUGAAGAGUUGCAGAAGAUGCUUUCUGAUUGCAUGCCUCUCAUUGACAAUCAUCCUGUAGAAUUUGCUUCGGGAAAAAUAUUAGAACAUGUAUCUUUUAAACAAGGAAGUGGAGAACAAUUACCUGAAAAAACGGCUGAGAGGGCUUCAUUUUUAUUUAAAUCUAUGUCAGAAAUCAGCAAUCUUGAUUAUUUCUUGAACCCUCAGAAAAUGACUGGUGAGGGGAAUUAUAAUUAUGCAGUAGAGUCCAAUAAUACUAAUGUUAGUAUUCCAAAAGUUUCAUCCACUGAAUUGAAGGUCGAUACACAGACACUGGGGUCCCAUACUGUUCUGCAUAGAGUUAAGUUGUCCGAUAAUAUUGUGGCUCUGGCUGGAUAUUUUAAAGAAAGCUAUCUAGCCAUUUUGCACAGAGAUACAGAAAUGACAAAAACACAUAAAUCAAAUGUAGAUUAUUUUAAAUUUCUCAGUCUUCAAAGGCAGAAGCUGUUUGAAUACCAUGCAAAUGGAAACAAUAUGGCCUUUAUUGUAUUAUGUGCUAUCAAACAGGCUGCUUGGUACUUGUGCUUCUAUGGUCUCCAUCCAGCAUUCUUGUAUUUAGACAAGUUAUGUCAAAACUUAGACUAUUUGAAAUCAAGGUUAGGCAUCCUCAAAUCUUUGAUCGAAGAUGAAAAGAGGAAGGUGGACAACAAUGUUACUUUGGCACACCCAUCAUUAACAAUUGUGAAGGAAAUUUUCCAGUCAUACAUCAAACGGGAUAGUUUGAAAACUUUGAUUGUGGCUGAAGAAGUAUUCUGGUCCUCAUUGAAAACUCUUCUCAUUUCCCUGGGGUUAUCAUUCAGUGAACAAAAUGGUCCUACAAGAAAUCAUCCAUACGCCAAUACUGGGCCUGAGGGCACAGAUACUAAAAUGAAAGAACUCAUGAUUUCUGACUGCUUGUUGGUUUCACACAGGUAAGCUUAUUGUUUCAGGCUAUUUUAUUUAUGUUUCAUGCAUAGAAUUAUUCUUUAUUUUUCUUAUACGUUUAGCAUGUUUUCAAAUUUCCUAUUCUAAACGUAUUAUUUUCUUUUGGUAUAUGGAUAUGGAGCAGCAAAAAUCCAAAAUGGUGAGCAAACAAGGGGGCACUGCUUACAUUUUUUGAAGGAAACUGCUUUCCUUUCAAU